CACUAAUGAUUACUCCUAGUCUCCUACAUCUUAAGUAAGUAAAUUACAACUAAUUGCAUAUAAUUUAGGGAACUUGAUCUGCAAAUCCUAACUAGUGAAAUCGGAACCUUCCACUAAUUGCACCCACUAAUCCACGUGAUAAUCCCACCCCUAACAACCCAUAAUUAACUAAUAAUAAUAAUAAUAAAUAAAUAAAUGCACAUGAGUCAUGACACUUAAAAGUUAAAAGACUCCUGCUUUCACUUGCCAGGUAUACUAAAGACUCCACCUUUCCUUUCCCUCUCAUUCACCUGAGAUUCGCAUGAGUUUCAUUGAUAACGCAAUCAAUAGUAAAAUUCUUCCAGGCACGGAAAAUCCCCAUUGGCAAGCCGAAAGGUUUCAGACAGAAGUUGAAGUGCAGAGCAUCAAUGGCGGAGGAGCUUAUCAUCACCAUGCCGGAUGACUGGCAUCUCCACCUUCGCGACGGGGACCUUCUUCAAGCUGUUGCGCCCCACAGCUCAAGUCAAUUUGGAAGGGCGAUUGUGAUGCCAAAUCUGAAGCCUCCCAUUACCACCACUGCUGCAGCCGUUGCUUACAGAGAUUCUAUUAUGAAAGCUCUGCCUGCUGGUAGUACAUUUACUCCUCUUAUGACGCUUUAUUUGACGGAUAAGACGAGCCCUGAGGAGAUCAAGCUUGCAAGAAGAAGUGGGAUUGUUUAUGGUGUGAAGUUGUAUCCUGCUGGUGCUACCACAAAUUCCCAAGAUGGGGUUACUGAUCUUUUUGGGAAAUGUCUUGCUGUGCUGGAAGAGAUGGUUGAGCAGAACAUGCCUUUACUGGUCCACGGGGAGGUCACAGAUCCAAAAAUCGAUAUUUUCGAUCGUGAAAAGGUCUUUAUCGAAACUAUAUUACAGCCUCUAAUCAAGAGGCUUCCCAAAUUAAAGGUUGUCAUGGAGCAUAUCACAACAAAGGAUGCUGCUGAUUUCGUUGCAUCCUGUAGUGAAGGAUUUGUUGCAGCAACUGUCACUCCUCAGCAUCUUCUUCUAAAUAGAAAUGCUAUCUUCCAAGGAGGAUUGCGGCCGCAUAACUACUGCCUUCCAGUACUCAAACGAGAAACCCAUCGACAGGCAAUCGUUUCUGCUGUGACUAGUGGAAGUAAAAGAUUCUUCCUUGGAACCGAUAGUGCACCUCAUGAGAAGCAAUGCAAAGAGUCUCCUUGUGGAUGCGCUGGCAUUUACAAUGCCCCUGUUGCCCUGUCAGCAUACACCAAGGUUUUCGAAGAGGCUGGAGCACUUGACAAGCUAGAAGCAUUCACCAGCUCCAAUGGGCCGGACUUCUACGGCCUCCCCAGAAAUACAUCAAGAGUCAAACUCACCAAGACUCCAUGGAAGGUACCGGAGUCGUUCUCAUUCUCAUUUGGAGAGAUUGUGCCCAUGUUUGCUGGUGAAACGCUGGAUUGGCAACCUUCCCUCGUCUGAUUGAUCGAAUGUACCCCCAUAUGCUCAUCGCUCUGGUCAUGUCUACGCGGUACAAGUUCGACGAAUGUCGAUUGUUAGCUUGAAAUAAAAUGUUUGUAGACAACAGCAAAUGGUGGGAUGAAGUUUUAUAUGCACCUGAAGUCCUGAAUGAACAUUCAGGGUAGGACAGAGGUUGUAAGCAUAUACUACAAUACCCAUGAUGAUUCCUCUACCAUAAUUUCUCCUUCAUAGGCUUGGGCCUUGGCCCACGAGAUCCAAGUAGUGGCAGGUGGGCCGCACAUGGGCUUGUAACCUUCAGGUCCAGCCUCUGCUUUGUUUGUUGUUCAAAGUUUUUUUUUUCAAUUAUCAUUUCCUCUAAUUUUGAGUGACUAAUGCUAAUGUAUACUCUACACCUAUCAAAGGGAUUACACAUUGGUAGUCGUAGAGUUAUGCCUUUACAUUAUGACCUAUUUCUAAGUUUGUACCCUCCAUGUAUAUUAUGUGCUUUCAUGUAUCAUCAUCUUAUUAUGCUUCAUUUUCAAUGUUCGCCUUUCGUCUAAUUUUCUAUCAAUUUUUCGUCAAAUGAUUUGAUUCUACGAAAGAUGAUAACUCAUUGUAUAUAUGAAACGUCAGAAAUGCCCUACCUUUAGACCCCAAUUUCUUCUCCCUUGGGCUAAAAAUCUUUGUUUGUUGCCACAAAUCUUUCGCCGUCCUUCUUGAGAGCCUCGUACCUAGAAUCUUAGUUCCCAUAAAUUUCGUGAGAGAAUUAGGGAACAAAUUAGGGUUGGUUCUUCCAUCCUUAAUUAACCUCCUCUCUGUCUGUUUCAAAUUUCACAAUUCUCGACUCAAAUUUUUUUAUAAAAAAAAUCAUACACAGUUUUGUUUUAAUUUUGUCUUAAAUCCUCUAAGGUAUCAACCGACUCUCUUUAAUUAAUCGUUCUCUAAAUAUCAAUCCUUCAUUGCACAUGUUCAAGCGAGUGAUUCCAGUAGCGGAAAUAGUGGGGUCUCUUUCCACAUUGGUGAUGUUCAGAGGGUAAAUAUAAAAGCAAGGAUGGUAGUCCUCACGAGUCAUGAGGAGGCUAACCAAGGGAGACGAUGUCAAAUGACAACUCAAGAAUUUCAGAUCGAAAAUGGGCACGACUUGGGUUUCAAAUAAGGAUUGUUGGAAGGAUAUUAAAUCGUUGAAUCGUCAUCUCGUAUUGAAAUCCUAGUAGAUUUCGCAAACCUACCUUACCAUCCACCCUAAAUUAAAGGAAUUAUCGAGAUUUAGAUACUCAAGGGGGGUGGUAAAUUUUGGUGGAACCCAACAUCAAAUAUCAAACGUGGAGAUGAGUGAGUGAGUGAGGCAAAGUUUUUGUUGUUUUGUACAUUAGUUGAAUCAAAACGGGGAGGCUUGGGGAGUGGCCCGUGGGAUUGGAAUAUGGGCGUGGCACCAGAUCCAAGAAAGCUUCUCCUCUUAAACAGCAAUGGCGUGUGACACUCUGUUUUAGGCAUCUCUCUGUUUCUUUCUUUCUUUCACCUUCUAGCCCUCUGUUUCCUUUUGGUUCCAUCUGAUAACAUAACAAUAACACCAAACAGGCAAACCCUCUCCUUCUUUGCGAAACCUUGCUCACGGUAUAGAGUAAUGACAAAGAUCGGUGUUUUCUUGGAACCCAACAAUGAAUGACCAAACCCCAUAACAAUACCGUCGUUUUGCUCUGUCACAGACAAAGCAAGAGAAUGAAAGAAGAAAAACCCAGAAACAGAGAGAGAGAGAGAGAUGAUUUUUGGCGGAUGGGUCCAAAUUUCUUCCCGUGGGGCAAUGGGGGCAGGAAAGCCAUACGUUCAUAGAAACCUGAUCUCCAAAACGGGGCCCGUUUCAUAUUUCCCCUCCGUUAUUUUUGAGUUGCCCGUCGAACAAGGUAAAGAAGACUUAUUACCAGAGAUUCCUUUGAGAGGGGCAUGGCGAUUGAAUGCGGAUCCGUUGUCAUAUGGCUCACUAGAGGUUAGAGAAAGAGAUGGAUUUGUCGCUUUUUCAAUGGGUUGUUGUUUAGGAGUUCUAUCACUGUCAUCAAUAUAGCAACACAAAGUACCGUUUUUUUUUACUUAACCUGGCUUUGUUAAUUAUUUACAUUCGACACUUAUUUUAUGCGGUUAUCACUUCUGAGAGAAUGGUUGUUAAUUCUUGAAGCACGAGUAUCAGAAGAACCUGCACAAUAUACACACUGAAACAGCUCUUGGAAUCGAAAGUCUUCCUUUCCUACCUCAUAUCAAUAUCAAGCUGAUUUCGAAUCCGAUUACACUCAACAUUCACUUUUGAAUCAAACACAAGGUUGUCUAGGCUAAUUAGUACAAGAUUCACGCCACGCCCUACUGAACAAGUUUUCAAAAGGGUAAGUGACGACUUUCCACCAUUUUAAAAUCUCUGAUUCCUCGUUCAUUUUAUCUAGAAUUACAAUGGUAGUUGACGGACAUGCAAAAAUUUGUCUUUUGUUUAAACUUUUUUUUUAUACUAUUUGCAUCAUAGGAUAGGAGAGGAGAGUAUAUGUGUAUGCUUUUAGGGUACAAAAUGGGAUAGUUUCCUUUAAACGAUUAUUAUCCCAUGCUUUAAACCUAUAAGGUGAAGCUUAUCCCCUCACAUUACAUAAACGUACCAAACCCCUUGAAGUUAAAGUGAGAUAGUUGUUGGUAACGUAUAAUUAAGCAGUAUUAUGAAAUUUGUUAUAUGAUCAUGUGUUUCAUAAAGGUACGCGAGCUCGGUAUGAACAGUGAAACCUGAUCGAAGAAAGAAUGCUACGAACUAUAUGUUACCUACAGAUACUAACAAGCCCUCGCUGCAUUGCAUGACCCAAGACCUAACCGUUUCCCUAGCUUUCGUUAGCUUACGCGUACUCGGUUGAAGGCUCGGUGAGACCUUUGUCUUCUUUUCGAGAGAGAUAGAUGAAGGCUUCCUUAUUGUAAUGGUAGGGUAGUUAUUGUAACAGUAAAUGAAUUGUACUUCAUAUAACAAAGAGCAGAUUCAGUAAUAACAUAGUUGCACCAAUUGUAGAAUUCCAUUUUUUUUUUUUUACAUGACACAGUCAGAAUAGUGGGAAGCAGAAUGUUUUUCAGAACAUAGAUACAGCCAAGCUAUAUCCCAUUUUUAUGCAGGCAGAUUGGCCAUCCUCCACAUUGCCACCACCACAAGACUGCCACCCUGAACUCAAAGAAGAUAAAAAAGAGAGAAGGGCCGGGUAAAAAGUAAAAACUGAAAAGCAAAAGAAAAGAACACCACCACUGUCCCAAUCUCUCUUCCAAUAAGGAAGGGAUCGUAAAGUUACAACACUGGAAAACACACAGUAAAAAGUGUUACCCUUUACACCAUUUAAAGCCAUGGAAGAAAGAAAAAUGUUUGGAAAAGAGUAGGAACGAAGAAGGGGAUGUUUGGGUAAGAAUCCCUUUUCAAAGGUCUAUUUAAUAUUUUAUCGUUUGCUGAUUUCAAAUCUUAAAAUUUAAGACUAAUUCGUAUGUGUGAUCUAGAUCUAUCGAUGAUUAAACGUAAUGUCUCAGU